AUGUCAGGUGUCGGCUUGCGCACGCCCUUCACAACCAAUGAACGUGGGUUGCAGCAUCUUGUGCGGCGGUCUCCUCCCCCUGCCUUCGCCGUGGCAGGAUACAACGCGGAGAACACCACCUGGGACGAGGUGCGUCUCCUCUUAGUGGGUGCGGGCGGAAUUGGCUGUGAGGUACUGCACACGUUGGCACUGAGCGGGUUUACGGACAUCACUGUCGUGGACAUGGACACCAUCGAACUCUCCAAUCUGAACCGCCAGUUUCUUUUUUCGGAGGCGGACAUUGGGCGCAGUAAGGCGGAGGUGGCUGCAGCGUUUGUGGAGCGGCGUUGUCCGGGUGUGAGGGUGAAUGCCGUGUUUGGACGCCUUGAGGACCAACAUGACGGCUUUUAUCGACAGUUUCAUGUUGUUAUUUUGGCGGUGGACUCCGUGGCCGCACGACGAUGGAUGAAUCAGAAGAUUGCGGAACUUGCCGUCUGGGAGAUUGUGGAUGUCACGAGGGAGGGAUCGACGGGAAACAAGGAGAAACGCAUUACCAGUUCGAUUCCGUUUAUUGACACCGGCACGGAAGGGUAUGAGGCCUCCUGUCGCGUUAUUCGUUUAGACACGGGAACGACGGCCUGCAUUGAGUGUGACCUUGACAUUUACCCGCCGCGGAAGACGGUGCCGUUCUGCACCUUGGAGAAUGUGCCUCGUUCUCCAGCGCACUGCGUGCUUUAUGUGCAGUUCCGGCUGUGGAACGUACUACGUCCCGGGGAGACACUUGACAGCGACAACGCGGCACACAUUGAGUGGAUCCGCAGUGAAGCACAGAAGCGCAAGGAACUCUUUUGUAUCAUGGGGCCUGACAUCGACUUUUAUUUUGUCCUUGGAGUCGUGAAGAACGUUGUGCCAGCGGUCGGCUUCACCAACGCCUUGGUGGCAGGCCAGGCGUCUCUCGAGCUUAUUAAGCUCUUGACAGGCGUUGCUCCAUCGAUGCAGUGCUUUUCCUACUUCAACGGCGCUGCGGACUGUGGGGGGUUGACAUCGUACGUGACGGAGCUCUCUCCCAAUCCUGCAUGCCCCGUUUGCGCCCCGCGACCUGUCCUGCUGCUCACGUCUCACAUGCAGCCACAAGACGUGCUGGCGGCUGUUGAGGAGCAAAUUGACCUCCCCACCGUCGUGCGUGACGCAGGUGAGCCUCAGGAGGGCCCGUGGUCCGACGGAACAUUGUGGGUGCGUUUUGAGGAUGGCGCCGAGGUUUACCUUCUCUACAAGAAAAACAACCCGUUAAGGGCCCACAUCGUUGGCUCCACCAUUGAAGAGAUCUUUGCUACAAGUGGUCAUGCAGAUGCCUUUACGCGUUGGUGCAGCGGAGGGGGACUAACGUUCACCGUGCGGUACAGCUCUGCCAAUGUGCAUGUCUCUGCUGAGGCGCUCAUGUCACGUAGUGUGGCGGUAUGA